AUGAAAGGCGAUCGAUUAUCCGAUAUGCAACACAAUGGCCCUCAAAACGGAAUUUGUAAGGAAAAUGGAUCUAGGGCAUUCAAGCUUGUUCUUAUCUGUGUAACUGGUAAUUACAACGGUGAGGGUAACUUGACAGCUGCAGCAGAGACAACAGCAAGCAGAAACACCAUCAAGCAGAAACACCACCAAGCAGAAACACCAAGCAGAAACACCAAGCAGAAACACCAAGCAGAAACACCAAGCAGAAACACCAAGCAGAAACACCAAGCAGAAACACCAAGCAGAAACACCAAGCAGAAACACCAAGCAGAAACACCAAGCAGAAACACCAUCAAGCAGAAACACCAUCAAGCAGAAACACCAUCAAGCAGAAACACCACCAAGCAGAAACACCACCAAGCAGAAACACCAUCAAGCAGAAACACCAUCAAGCAGAAACACCAAGCAGAAACACCACCAAGCAGAAACACCACCAAGCAGAAACACCACCAAGCAGAAACACCACCAAGCAGAAACACCACCAAGCAGAAACACCACCAAGCAGAAACACCACCAAGCAGAAACACCACCAAGCAGAAACACCACCAAGCAACACCACCAAGCAGAAACACCACCAAGCAGAAACACCAAGCAGAAACACCAUCAAGCAGAAACACCAUCAAGCAGAAACACCAUCAAGCAGAAACACCAUCAAGCAGAAACACCAUCAAGCAGAAACACCAUCAAGCAGAAACACCAAGCAGAAACACCAAGCAGAAACAUCAAGCAGAAACACCAUCAAGCAGAAACACCAUCAAGCAGAAACACCAUCAAGCAGAAACACCAUCAAGCAGAAACACCAUCAAGCAGAAACACCAUCAAGCAGAAACACCAUCAAGCAGAAACACCAUCAAGCAGAAACACCAUCAAGCAGAAACACCAAGCAGAAACAUCAAGCAGAAACACCAAGCAGAAACACCAAGCAGAAACACCAAGCAGAAACACCAUCAAGCAGAAACACACAAUAUAGACAAGAGUUGUGGACAGGAAAACACCAAGUAG